GCAAACAUCGUGUUCGCUCCCAUAAUUUUUUUGUUAGGUUCUCUCCUGGCUCUUAGAAAGUAAUGAUAUAGUAACGAUAUAAUAACCUGACGAGAACUGAAAUGGAAAACGAGACUGAUCUUGACCCAAUGAAGAUAUAUGAUGCAGAAUAUCUCGGCAUUACAAUGGAGGAACCAAAGUUUUAUUCCAGCAAAGACAUUGAUCUUGAUUUUGAGGCUGGCAUGGAUUGGAGAUCUUCAAUGGCUAAAUUGAGAGAAGAAGAAGAUCGCACGAGAAAGGAAACCGAUCCAGUGGAAGAGUUUAUGAAGAAGAGUGUUAUCACAUCUAGUUUCGAAAAAUUACGGUUUGCGCCUCCUUAUGAGCCAAGCAAACGCCAAUUGCAAGCUCGUAAACGAAUCGAACAGCGAAAGGCUGGAGCAGGUGGGGGAUGGUUUAAUAUGCGUGCCCCUCGCAUGACACCGGAGAUCAAACAUGACCUUGAGGUGUUGCAAAUGAGAUCAGCAUUGGAUCCGAAACAGUUCUACAAGAAGAAUGACAGGAAAGGAUUGCCAAAACACUUUCACAUUGGCAAAAUUAUGGAUUCCGCAACAGAUUAUUAUUCAUCACGUCUUACAAAGAAGGAGCGCAAAAGAACAAUCGUCGACGAGCUUAUGGCUAAUGUAGAAUUCACGAAAUAUAAUAAGCGCAAAUACAGGGAAAUUAUUGAAGAAAAGAAGAAGACCCACUAUAAGGCGCACCGACAAGCGAAGAAACUUAAAGGAAAGAAAAGAUAAUUUACUGCAAUUACGUGCAGGACCUAUACUUUUAUAUUUAAAAAAUGUACAAUAUAUUAUUUGCACAGAAA